AUGAAGAUCCUUUUUCGCAAAUCGCCUGAUGAUUUGGGUGCAGGGAAAUGUUCCUUCUCGUGGAGACCUGGUGGAAAUUAUAUCGCCAUCGCUGGCGCCAAUCAAAGCGUUCAACUCGUUGAUCGAAAAGGCGAGCUGCUGGACGCAGUACAAUUGCCUGGAGCGGUGAUAUCGAUGUCAUGGGAUCGAGAGGGUGAUGUGUUGGCGGUGUUGCACGACAAGUCCUCUCAGCUCGUUCUCUGGGAUAUCACCACCCGCUCCACCGAACAAAUUGAAACAAGCAUGGGUGCCAAGUGGGUUCUU